UCUGCUCUUAGAACACUAGAAGCGUCGGGUGAACAGUGGAUUUAACGAUGGGCCAUGCCGUGCAUUGUGGAUAUCGCUGGAUUCCGGUUGUACUGCUUCUUUGCGUAUGGAAUUUAUCUUCGGGACAGAUUGUCUACUUUGUCUCAGAGGAGGUGAACAAGGGAACCGUUGUUGGUAAUAUAUCCAAGGAUCUGAAUCUCAAUGUUCAGGAACUGGAGUCUCAUAUGUUUCAGAUUGUUUCCGGCUCCAACAAGAAGUAUUUUGAUUUAAAGACCGGGGCUCUGUUUGUGAAGGAAAAAAUCGACCGAGAGGAACUCUGUAUGACCAGUGAGAAAUGUUCUCUAAACCUGGAAAUCAUUGCACAGAACCCUCUCAACAUGUAUCGUUUAGAAAUCAAUGUGUUAGAUAUGAAUGAUAACGGACCUUCAUUCCCAUUAAAUGUUCAUACUUUGAAUAUAACCGAAUCCACAUUUCAAGGCGAAAGAUAUCCCCUGCCCAGCGCUGACGAUGCUGAUAUAGGAAGUAAUACAGUGAAAACAUACAAGUUGAGCCCGAACGAACAUUUCUCUUUGGAUGUACAGAGCGGCAGCGAGCAGAGCAUGUCUGCUGAGUUAAUACUACAGAAAGCUUUAGACCGAGAGAAACAGGCUGUGAUCCAGUUGUUACUGACUGCUGUUGAUGGAGGAACACCUGCCAGAUCCGGGACAUUACAUUACAUUAUAAUAGUGAAUGUGAUAGAUGUGAACGAUAACAGUCCCGUCUUCAGCAAACAAUUGUACAAAGUACGUAUAGCAGAGAACAUACCAAUUGGCACACAUUUAAUAAAACUGAACGCAAACGAUGUGGACUCAGGUGUAAAUGGGGAAAUCGUUUAUUCUUUGAUAAGCCACGGGAAGGAAAAAACAUUGGACGCAUUUCAAACGAACAAAGUGACUGGUGAAAUCACAGUUAAAGGAACUAUUGAUCGCGAGGAGAAUGCUGCGUUUGAGCUGCAUGUACAGGCCAAAGACAGGAGUGCUAGUCCUCGCACAACGCAUUGUAAAGUCUUGGUAGAAGUGAUUGAUGUCAAUGACAAUGCUCCAGCAAUCUCAGUAACUUCAAUGAUGAAUGCAGUCAGAGAGGAUGCAAGAUCAGGUACAGCAGUUGGUCUAAUAACAGUAUCUGAUAAAGACGGGGGUGUAAAUGGAAAAGUACACUGUAAAAUAGUAGACUCUGUUCCAUUCAAAUUGCUGUCCUCCUAUAAGAACUAUUAUUCGUUAGUGGUAGAUGGAUCUCUAGAUAGAGAGACUACUUCCCAGUACAAUGUAACCGUUAUAGCUACAGAUGAAGGCAUCCCACCUCUCUCCAGUAACUGUGUCAUUUCUGUUUACGUCGCUGAUGUGAAUGACAACGCGCCUCGCUUUUCAGAAACUAUAUUUAAUGUUUAUCUAAAGGAAAAUAGUCCCGUCGGAGGGCUUAUUGCCAGCUUGACUGCCCAUGAUCCAGACGUGAAUGAAAACACUCAGAUGUCUUAUUCGUUUUUGGAAGGCAAUAAUGGCAAACCCUUGUCUACAAUGAUAAACAUAAACUCAUUAACUGGUGAGAUAUAUAGCAUACAGUCAUUUAACUUCGAAGAUGUGAAUACUUUCCAGUUCCACGUUCAGGCCACAGACUCCGGUGUUCCUCCACUAAGCACCAACGUCACUGUCAACGUUUUUAUCCUGGAUGAGAAUGACAACAGUCCUGUGAUUCUCCCGCCAUAUUCUGACCACGGCGCCGUUCAUUCUGAGAACGUUCCCUAUUCUGCUGAAGCGGGAUACUUUGUGGCCAAGAUCAGGGCUGUAGACGCCGACUCUGGUUAUAAUGCGCUGCUUUCUUAUCACAUCUCUGAACCAAAGGGGACCAAUCUCUUCAGAAUAGGAACCAGCAAUGGAGAAAUACGGACUAAGAGACGAAUGAGUGACAAUGACUUAAAAACUCACCUGUUGGUCAUUCUGGUGUCUGAUAAUGGCGAACCUUCACGGUCUGCCACAGUGUCUAUUGAUGUUGUGGUCGUUGAAAGUACAGGUGACAUGCAAACAAUUUUCAGACAGCUGCCUGUAAAGGAGGAGAGUUUCUCAGAUUUAAAUCUGUAUCUGCUCAUCGCCAUUGUGUCAGUAGCAGUGAUGUUUAUACGACAUACGGCUGCUUUGGUUAGUGUCAGUCUCAUUCCUGCCAACAUGUUUUCUCGAUUAAAUUGAUGCAUUGUUAUUAAUAGUCUCCUCUAUUAUAUAAAUGUACCAACCUGUCGAAAUAUAGUAGUUCAGUUGUUUAUUGUAGAAGCAACAAUGGAGCAUUCAGAUUUAUUUUAAACUGCAAAACCAACUAUUUAUAUACCAGGUUUGGCUGGCCUUCUCUAGGCACUCGUAGGCUCAGUCACCAGUAUACUUUUAUUUACAAAGCCAUUUUGAGUUUACCACCAUUUUAUUUUGCCAUUUUUAUUCGUCAUAAAUGUGGUGGGUACUCUCUUCCUUCGCAGGACUUUAUCCUGCUAACUGUUCCAAAUGUCCGAACUGAAUUUAGUAAAAUGGCUUUUAUGUCCUCUGCGCCAUCGGCUUGGAACGCCUUUCAAAAUAUUUUUAAACUGGAAGAACUUGUCCCGAUUGGUGUUUUGAAAUUAUUGAUGAAGGAUUUUGAUGCUGAUUCCUUAACCUGUCAAUGUUUUUAAUUGACUGUUUUAGGAUUUUCUUAUACUCCCGUGAAUUCGAUGUUUUUUUUUACUAGAUUACCUGUAGUUUUUCAUGUUGUCUGUCUAUAAUUGUGUAAUGACUUGGUGCUGCCUAUCUUGGCCAGGACGCUCAUGAAAAAGAGAUUUCAAAUUUCAAUGAGCCCUUCCUGGUUAAAAAAAACUGCUUUGUGAACACCAUAGCAUGUCUAGCUAUACUGGUCUUCCGCUGGCACGUUGGGCUAAGCGAGAAGAUACGUGUUGGAAGAAAGUGUUAUUCAUUGGAUCAAUUUGGUUAUUUGUUUAUUUGUUUGUUGUGUAGACACCCCUCAUGUUAGAUUCUAACAUCGUGAAUAACUCAGAUAAGGCUGUGUUCUUGUUUAAGAGCGCAGUAAGAGCACUUGGUGUCGCUGUAGACCGUAUAUUCAGCUGGCAACUAUGUGGGGCUCAUUCUUCCCCUAACUCCCACUGCUGAAGGUAGAGUCAGGGGAUCCACUUUAGAUAGGCAUGUGUGUAGAAACAACCGUGGGCCGUAUACUAGAGAUUUGUCUUAUACAACGCGAUGUUAGCAAUAUUAUGAAUCUACUGUAAACAAUUCACAGAAGGUCUGUGCAUAGCGAUGGGCCUUUCCGUGCAUUGUGGAUAUUGUUGGAUUCGGAUUCUGCUGCUUCUUUGUCUAUUUUGUCUCAGAUGAGGUGAACAAGAGAACCGUUGUUGAGAAUAUAGCCAAGGACCUCAACCUCAAUUUUCAAAAACUUGAGUCCCAUAUGUUUCAGAUUGUAUUAUGUUUUGAACCUAAACACUGGCGUCCUAUUUGUGAAUGAGAGAAUCGACAGCGAGGAGCUGUGUGAGAACAAUCUGAAGUGCAGGCCAUUACGCACAAUCAUCUGAACAUUUUUCGCGUUGAAAUAGAGAUACUGGAUAUGAAUUAUUAUGAACCUUCUUUCUUGGUAAAUUCACUGGCAUAAAUUAAAUGUUUACGAAAACGCUGCUGCGGGAGAGUGAUUUUUUCUCCCAGUGACUGAGGAUGCGGAUGUGGGCAGAUGUGGCUAGUAUUAAUGGAGGAGAUACUUUUCAAAUGACACACUCUGCCAAACAGU